CCCGGCAGACAUUUAAAUAUAUCUAGUACUCCUGGUUACUUUCAUUUUCACAACACUUCUGGGGCCUGUAGGGCGGCACCGUAUCAAAAUGAAACUGAAGCUGUGCUCUUUAAUAACUGACUCGUUAAAAUUGUUUUGCAGAGAAGAAAUACAACUACCUGAGGGACAAGUGGUUUCGAAAACACAGACAUGGGCUCGCGUGAAAGUAAAAGAAACAGUAAUGAUUUUGAACCACUGGACAGGUCUGCAGACUCUGACAGAUAAAGCCCCGAUUUCUGAUUCCUCUGCCUGCUCCAGGCUAGUGUCCCCUCGGCGAUAGGGCCAUGAAAACUGAACCAGAGACUUCAAAGAGAAACUGGGAAAGGGGGGCUGUGUGUUUAUAAUGAACAGCAACAUGAUUAUUAAUGACUGAUUAUUGAUAUGAGUGUGUGAUUCUAUCAGAGGGGAUGACCAGGAGGAAACAGAGAGGAGAUCAGAAAUGGUCCCGACUCCAGAGAGAAGCAGAAAUAAUCACAUUGAUCUACUGGACUUGUCUGGAGACUCUGACAGUGGAGCCAACCACGAGGAGAUGGAGGAGAAACUGAGAGAGAUAGGGGAGUGGUGGAUGGAGUGGUCGAUGAAGAAGUCCCUCAGAAUGAUGAAGGAGAAAAUGGAGAGAGAGAUGGAGGAGAGGCUCAAAGAGAUGAAAAAGAAACAGCUGCGGUUUGAGAUACUCAUAUGGAGGAGGAAGGAGAUAAAGAAGCAACUAAAGGAGAUGGAGAAGACAGAGAGGAGUGAGAUACAGGAGAUACUGGAAGUGACUGAGAAGGAACUGAGGCUGCAGAUGGAGAAACAGAUGAGGAAGAUGGAGAGCAUGAAUCUUGAAGAGAUGCGCAGUAUAAUCGAGCUCCUGAAGGAGAAUAUCCAGGAGUAUGAAAAUGAGAAGCUGCUGAUUGAAAAUCUCAUCAGAGAACUCAAUGGGAUUGCUGAUGAACUGGACGGGGUCGACAGGAAGGCUACCAUCGCUAAGACUGCAGGGAGCUCUGUUGGCAUAGUCGGGGGGAUCUUGGGCAUUGUAGGGUUAGCUCUGGCUCCUUUUACAUUUGGAGCCACCACUGCACUGAGCAUUGCAGGGACUGUUGUUUCUGCAGCUGGGGGAGUCACCAGUGUUGGUGCAGGAAUAGGAAAGUUUGCAGAUGAUAAAAAGUACAACAAGAGAGUAGAGGAAAAAGUGAAAGAAAUUAAAUCUAUAAUAGAAGAUCUUGGUAAAUCGUGCAAUGAUGCAAUUUCACCAUCUAGUUGUCAUACAGAGAAUGCAGCUGCUUUUUUAAAAGGCAUUUUAAAGCCACGUGAUGCUGCUGAUGCUGUUGGAAAAGCUAGUACUGCUGUUGGUGUUGUUGGUGGUGUUGCUGGUGUUGCAGCUCGUGCUGCUGUAGGCCUGGUUGAUGAUGUCGCUGGUGUUGCAGCUCGUACUGCUGUAGGCCUGGUUGAUGAUGUCGCUGGUGUUGCAGCUCGUACUGCUGUAGGCCUGGUUGAUGAUGUCGCUGGUGUUGCAGCUCGUACUGCUGUAGGCCUGUUUGAUGAUGUCGCUGGUGUUGCAGCUCGUACUGCUGUAGGCCUGGUUGAUGAUGUCGCUGGUGUUGCGGCUCGUACCACUGUAGGCCUGGUUGAUGAUGUCGCUGCUGCUGGUGCUCGUGCUGCUGUAGGAGUGGUUGAUGAUGUUGCUCCUGCAGUGGUCAAAAGUCUAGGCAUAGUUGGAGGUGUUGUUGCUGGAGUCUGUGUAAUUCUGGAUGCCGUGUACAUUGGUUUAAAUUCCAAAAAACUUCAUGAAGGGCUUCCAACUGAAAGAGCACAAGAGAUUUGCAAGGUGGUGGAAAAUUUCGAAGCAGCUCUAGCAGAAAUGAACAAGUUCUAUUCAGAUAUAAAGAGGAUUUUAAAGAUCUAAGUCUGCAGUGGCUGUGGAGGAGGCUGCACUCAGAAGAGAUUCUCCUGUCAGAUCUGCAGCUGCUGCUCUAUCAACAACAGUGCAAACAGCUCUGACAAUAAAACAACAACAGGAAUGAAAUAAUCAAUCUCUUCUGAGUGCAGGAUCCUCUGGCUCUCUUGUCUCCAGUUCUGGGUAGUUCUCUUGAGGCUCUGCAGCAGUACCUGAGCUGGACACACCCUGCUUCUUUACUGUUACAUAUUUUGAGUUGUUAUUUCUUAUCACAUGAUGUGCCUUUAAACAUAUCUGAAUGUAAUUUGAAAUCGCUACUUGCAUUUAUCUGCUCUCUUUUUACUGUAUAUAAUCCUGCACCUUAAACUGAGCACGCUCCCCAAUCUGUGGUAUUUUGUACUUCACCUGAUUUAUUCCACUGCACUUGUAUACUGUCCUGAUGUCAUUAUCACUGACACUGUGAUCUACUCUAAUGAGCCGCACCAUAUUGAACUGUACUGAGUUUUCUACUGGUUC